AUUCAGUACACAUUUCGGUAAAAUGGUGUCUCAGAGAUCAAGACUAAACCUCAUCAUGGUCGUCUGUCUAUGCAUGAUCAAUAUUAUGAGGAUUAAAUCGGAUGACUAUUUGCUCCCAAUGACACUUGGUGGAGAUGGAGCAAUAAGUGUCAAUUUUAUGGGGAUCACAUUUACUUUGGGCCCUCAACUAGAUCUAAUGGUUGUAGAUGCGGACUGUAGAUACGAGGUUAAAUUCGACCCAUUCGACCCAAACGAAACGGGAGGCAGAGAAGAACAGCGUACAGGUUCACUGGAUUGUACACGUCCGCAAAUACCAUGACUUUAGAGUGUCGUUGUUUCAAGAACAAGAUCGGAGCUGCAGCAAAGUCAGACUGCUCAAUCAUUGUAUAACUGAAAAAAAUAGUUUCAAC